CAAAUUUUUUAAAUCUGUUAAUUGGUUAUAGGAUAGAGAGAUCUGAGAACCUCUGUCCUCUACACAUUUGUCAUACAAUAAAAACGUAAAAAUGAAAUAAUACAAAUAAUGAAUUAACAAAUGAAAUUGAAUGAAGCACCCUAAUGAUAUAAGAAAGAGUCAGGGCCAGAGAUCGAACAAGAGAAUUUCAAUUUUAUUAUGUAUUAUCAGAGAGAAGCUUAUUCUCUCUCUCUAUUUAGUACAAGCUUUGCGAUAUUCAAUACAACAUAAAGGUUGGAAAUUCAUUACUGGGGCACAGUGAAAGAAAUAGAGACUGAAAUUGGAAAUCUACCAGCCAGAAGAAGAAGAAGAAGAAGAAAGAGGAAUGUGAGAUUUGCGAGUGAAAGAUGUCUGCCUUGAAAGUUCUAUGUAUUAUUAUUUUGAUUGUAUUCGUCGUGAGUGGCAGCGAAUUCGGAUUUUGUAAGGCGCCUGACGAAUGCAUUGUGGAUUCAAGAUGCAUCGCUGAGAAUCGCUUCACAAAAAAACGUUAUAUCCUUUAUGAUGUGAAUCCUGCAGAAGGCUUCAAUUUGAGAAGAGAUGUGUACAUUCGUAUUGCCGUUUUCUUAAGAAAAUUAAUUGAGAGGGACAAGGAAUUCCAGUGGCAACUAGUUUUGCCACCAUGGAGUAAUCUAUACCACUGGCGAAGCAGGAAUAUAGGAUCCCAAGAGCGUUUACUUUGGGGUACCUUUUUUGACAUUACGAGUUUGCAACUGUAUAUACCUGUCAUUGAGAUGUACGAAUUUGUGGAAGAGUACUCAUGUGGGAACAGAGAGGUGCAACUUGAUCGUCUGUACAUUCUACAAAAUGAUGAGGAAAUGUUCAAGACAGGUAAAUUCGAGGAUAAAAACGAGCUGAUAGAUUGCGAUCAUAAUUCUUUGCGAUAUCAUAAAUUAAAACAACAUAUGUACACUGGUCCAUUCUGGGGCUAUUCAGUGAAAUGUCUUAAAUUCCAUGGCAUGGCACAAGACCUUUCCCAGAAUCUCAUACCAACGCGAUACAGAUCCGUAAUGUUUGAUCGCAUGGAGAUUGCUUUACAUGACGAAUAUGGAUCUAAAGAAUAUUGGAGAGCUAGACGCAGCAUGCGUUAUAAUUCUGAAUUGUACGAUAUCGCGGAAGAUUAUAGGAAAACUUUCCUGAAUUCUACGAAUAAGAAUGAUAAUACGGAGCGACCAGCGGAUUGGACUAAGGAGAAGAAUCGGCGAAACGCAAGAGGUGGGCCAUAUUUGGCGGUUCAUCUUAGAAGACGUGAUUUUAUCGUAGCUCACAAGGCGUCGGUACCGACAAUAAUGAAUACUGCCUUACAAUUACAAAAAAGAAUGGCUAAGCUUGGGCUAACCCUAUUGUUUAUUGCGACAGAUGCAGAGCAAUAUGAAUUUGAAGAACUUAAGUUGUAUUUACCUCAGUAUAAAGUCAUGAAAUAUGUGCCAUCUGAUUACGUGAUAAAUAAAUUUAAAGAUGGUGGAGUCGCCAUCAUUGAUCAAAUAAUCUGUUCAUAUGCCAGAUAUUUUAUAGGAACAUAUGAAUCUACGUUUACGUUCAGAAUACAAGAAGACAGGGAGAUUAUCGGGUUUCCAUCAGAUACUACAUUUAAUAAAUUAUGUAAGACUAAUGAGGAUUGUACAAUAGAUGGAUUCUGGUCGAUUGUCUGGGAAUGCUAUCAAUGCUAUUGUGUCAUCUAAGAUGUCCUUAGGGUGAAAUUACACGGUACGGAAUAGAACUGCGGAAUAGAGAAUGCACUUCUAAUGUGUGAUAAAGAAAGAACAAAAACUUUUUAGUUACAUGUAAUUAAAAAAAAAUCUAUAGGCAUAAAAUUAGCACGAAGAA